AUGCCACUCAUUAGUGUGUCGGUGGAUGCCUUCCUAGUCCUUGCUGCCUGCAUACUCAUCCCGACCUUCCUCGUGUUCCGUCGGCAGCCCCAGUCUACCCGUCUCUCGCUGGACAAUGCUCUCUCAGCGGUCCUCAUCCUGCACUCGCUGUUUAUACUCUACACCGUUCUCGUAAGAUGGCCACCGAACAUCUUUCAACGCCUCAAAAUACCCUUGACUGCCCCUUCGGAGACUAUCCGUGCCGUCCUCCUGCAACGCGCCGGUCUACCCCAAGACGCGACCCUCCCUCGUCCGCUCGACUCGCUUCUGACGCGUCUCUCGUCUUUCGAUACGCGCACCCACUACGUUAGAUUCGGCCAGUCGGUCAUACAGGACUGUGAACACUGCACCACCUUCGAUGAGUACGCCAUCUUCACGGCGCCUCGCAUGGCCCUCGGGUACAUCAGGGAGUGCGCCGUCGCAGGAAUUAUGACGAUAAGCGGGAGCGGCCACGAGAAAUGGCGGACGUAUGCCGUAGGCGUCAUCGUCGGUGCGUUCAUCCUCGAGGGCUAUUGGCUCGCUACGACGCCUAUCCGCAUACCGCACGAUGGCAUGAAUGUAUUCAUGUGGCACGACAACCUCUGGCUCGCGCGACACGCAUUCUUCCUCCUCCUCCCGCUGCUCAUCCGCCUCCUCCCCCGCGCGCCGCUCCACCCGACCCCAGUCCCGAUCCUCGCCGCCGCGCAGCUCAGCCUAUCCCAGACGCACCAGCGCCUCUCCACCGCACGCUUCGUGCACGCCGCGAUGCAGCGCCAGCCCGCGCUGCGGGGCGCGGCGAGCGAGUGGUGGGAGCGCCAGCGCGCGGAGGGCGAGAUCGCGCGCGCGGACGAGGGCGUGCGCCGCGCCGCGGAGAAGCUGGGCAAGGGCAUCGAGGAGGGCGCGGAGGGCCCUGCGGGGCGGGGGUGGGCGAAGAUGCGGGACGUGGUGCGGCAGAUGUUGGAGAUGCUGGCUUUGGCUCCUCCCUCUGGUGCUGUUGCCGUCGGAGAGCCUGGUCGAUAAAUGUCAUGCUGCUGCCAGACUGGCAUGGGUCGCAUGUGUACCUUACGUGUAGCUUAAGCUCUCGGUGUUCCCGGAGUAAUCUUAGUUACACCGAUGCACCGGACUUUCAC